ACGUAUCUGUGUUACAUUUCCCAUGAUGCACCAGGAGAGCGUUUUUCCAAUAGCUCAGUGGUUUGAGCAGCAGAGAAACCGAUGUUGAGAAAGGCCACAGCGUUGGCUGCUGCCAAAGAGGCAGUCGGGCACGAGUAUUCGGAAGAUCCUCUAUCUGGAGAUACGUAUUCAUUGCGAAAUACACCUUCAAUGACAAAUAAAGCUCCAUAAAAUAUGGGUCUUUAUUUACUAGCACAUCUCCCGAAAGGCCUGUGAGUGUCUGGAAGUCACCCACUCGUGUCUAAGGAGGAUUCCUCCCCGUCAACUGAUCCGCACCACUGCCAUGCAAUGACAGCGGCCACGGCAACUCCGCAGCAGAUGAGAGACCGGCUGAUGCAGGCCAUCGAUGGCCAAAACAAUCAGAUCUGCAACAUGGUGGCUGUAAUGGAUGUCAUUUCCUAUUUGGAGAAAUAUCCCAUCACCAAAGAAGCACUUGAGGAAACCCGCCUUGGCAAGCUGAUCAACGACGUAAGGAAAAAGACAAAGGAUGAGGAUCUUGUCAAGCGUGCAAAGAAGCUCCUGCGCACCUGGCAGAAGCUGAUUGAGCCUGGGCAGAGUGAGGCACAGUCCAAGGGGCAUAGAGGGCCGCCAGGCGCUGCCAACGGUGGUAACAACCCCUGCCGGACGGAUGUCUCCCCUCCAGCUGCCAUCCCGCCUUCGGAUAAAAUGGUUUCGGAGCUCAAGAGUAGAAAUGACUUCAACAACUGUUAUUCCCCAAAAGCGGAGAAGUCGGGCAACCGAAAACGCAAAGGGGAGCAGAGGGAUGGACAGCACCUACCAGCGAAAAUCUCUAAAAAAACAGCCAAUGAAAGAACACGAAACUCACAGCUGCCAAUAAAUGGAAUUGGGGCCAGUCCCAAGGCUUUUAUGGACACAUUUGAUGCUCAUUCCCAUCCAAAAUCAGACAAGGAUGGUGCUGAUCAUCUUGACAACGACAGACUCAACAAAAUUCCCAUCAACGCCGUCAAACCUCACCCUAGCUCACCGGGACUUGCCAAACCUCCUAGCACUUCCGCAUUGCUCAAAACGGCCGUGUUGCAACAGCAAGCCAAAAUGGACCUGGUUGCCUCAGGAAGGGGGCCGCAUCAGCCCAAAAGCCCCCACAGCAACUCGUAUAGUCCCAGAAGAACGAAACAGGAUGCAGUUGUUAAACUGUCUGCGCCCAAAGCAACAACUUUACUGAGCCCUGCUCAGAGCCCCAGGGUUAUGGACAGCUCUGGACUGGGGCCCUCUCCUUUGCCUUCUCCACAGCCUUUAACCUCAUGUAUCCAGGGUUCCCUCACUGUUGGGCCUCCGUCUGCAGAGUCCGCCCUUCAUCAGGACGGACCGGCAGACGUGGACCAACGCCUUCAGCACAGUACCAUGAGACCUGACUCUCUGCACAACUCAAAAGCCACGUCACGCAGCAAGGUGAAGGCGGAGGGCAAUGGUGCUGCCACUAGCACAGCGAGAAAGAGGAGGAACAAAUACAGGUCCAGAGACUACACAGUGAACUUGUGUGGGCAGCCCACGGAAGAGAGCACAAAACCAUGUAGAUUAAAAGACCGUAGACUUACGUUUGACCCUGUAACAGGGCAGAUCAAAUCCUGGACCCACAAAGAGUCUUACCCAGAAUGGGAGGCAGUGGUGCCCGUCAUGCCGGAACCUCCUCGGACAGAACUGCUCAAGCAGAAUCAGUAUGUACAGAAUCCCCCUGUUACUCCCAGUCCAUUCCAACAGACCAACUGGAAAGAGCUGUCAAGGAACGAAAUCAUCCAGUCCUACCUUAACCGUCAAAGCAAUGUGCUCACAUCGUCUGGGGCUCAAACCUCGGGGGCACACUUUUUCAUGAAUGAGUACAUGGAACAUCAUAUCAAAGAGUCCAGAAAAACACACGUGCUGGUACCAAAUAUCCCUGACAUGGACUUACCAGAGGUGAGCCGAGAGGUCAUAAACGAGGACCUCGACAGAAUACACAAAGAGCACUGGCCUGGGGUGAACGGGUGCCAUGACACCAAGGACAACUGGUAUGAUUGGACAGAGUGCAUAUCCUUAGAACCACAUGGGGAUGAGAGCAAACUGAACAUUCUGCCAUAUGUCUGCCUAGACUGAGAGUUUAAUGGGCUGUGGUUUCUGAAUUAAGAGGGAUAAAUAGCACCUUCCUUUGCUCCCUUCUUGAGAGUUGUGUAAGUUUGGAGUGCAAAAAGGCACUUGUCGGUGGUCGAACCUGCUCACUCCUUUGCAGAGUUGGCGCAAGAGAGGCCUUGCUAAUUGUGCUGUCUAUAAGCAAUAGCUGAUCAGUGUUUGAUGGGAGACAGCUCAGCUGUAGCAUCACCUGAAGUUCUUUGAGUGGAAGGGUUCCAUGCAUUGUCUGCAAAAUGCAAAGAGUUUAAGGUGCCCAGUAACUUUAUUAAGGAACCUGUUUGGUAGGUACAAGCUGGCAAAGAGAAUGAAAUGUGUGGUUAUCAUGUAUGCAUUUAUUUAUCUGGACUUAUUCUCUUUAUUUUGUUAGUUACAUAAAUGUGCAUAACAACUUUCAUCGACGUUACUUAUUCAAUCAGUUCUGCUUGUCAGAUAUGGUAAACCUGUGCUUUGCACAUUUUCUCAAACAAUGUAUGGUUAACGCGAUGGCAACAUUCCAUACCAUAAUACAACUAGAACAGUUCUUGCCUGAACUCCAAUUUAUCUUAAUAUACCAGGAAACAAUUUGCUAAAUUACACAUUAUAAAAAUGAGUUGAUAGCAUUAUCUUUUGCCUUUUUUCACACCCUCUUGUUUCUAGGUUGUAAAAUAUGAAUUCUAAUUGCAAACCAGAUGCUAAAACAUUGCAACUUUGUACUGUGAGGAAAAACAGAAAAAUAAAUUGUUUAUAUGCUGGAAAUAUACUCGUUACCAUUCCUUUAGAUAUUGUUUGCCUUAUGGAAACCAAUGUGUUUCCUAAAAUGGAGCCUUAGUGAAUGUAUAGAAAUGUGCCUUUUGUGUUCAGUUGAAUGCAGAAGAGAACAUAUUUGAUACUUAGUCCUUUUUAAAAUGGACACAUUGAUACAGUAUGUGUUAAUAAAUAAAUACAAUGCAUAAAUUGUGAA